CGAUUAAUUAUGUAUCGGUUCCAUAAAGUCGUUGUUUAGAAAAACAAAUAAGUGUGGUCGGUCGUAUGAAUCAGUCCUUAUUAAAUAUGAAGAUAUUUGCACUUUUAAUUGGACUAGCAGCGAUAACAUUGGAAGUAUAUUCAGCUGUAAGCCAGCCUCAGUGCGAUUACAAAAAUGACCAACGCUCCUACCACUGCAAAUUCGUCAAAAACGUUUUCCCGCGGAUAUUCUACGGAAAUUACCAUCUACAAUGCGAAAACUGCGACAUUAAGAUAUUCUCCCAACAGACAUUUACAUAUGAAAACAGCCUGAUAUCACUAAACGUGUCUAACAGCGGGGUGGAGUCGGUUUCCUCGAAGGCAUUCUCAAUUUUCGGAAACGUUCAGUAUAUUUAUUUACAGAACAACAAGAUCACGAGCAUAUCAAGAAACGCCUUCGCUGGCCUGAGGCAACUCUUUCAGCUACAUUUAGAUAACAACCAUAUGGCAAAAUUAAAUCCAGGAUUUGUAAAUGAUGUGGAAGUCAACAGUAUUAUUCUGUCUCAUAAUGUAAUCAGAGAACUGCCAGGAAACGCAUUCGAAGGCGUGUUAACGUUAUUAACGUUGAACCUGGACAACAACUAUAUAAAAACCGUUCAUGCAAACGCGUUCGCGGGGUUGGAAAGUCUAGAGUACUUGGAGCUGCAGAAUAACCGCUUGUGUCACCUGCCGUUAGGCCUGUUCAAAGAUUUAAACAACUUGCGUUUGCUGAACUUGGCGGACAACAAAUUGACUAGGUUCUCUCUAGGCACUUUUUCAGGAUUAAGAGAACUGAAUGCUUUAAUUUUAGCGAAUAAUUCCAUUAAAGAGUUUGACGGCACCGAUUUGUUACCACUACUUCAUCUAACUAAAUUGGAUUUGAGCGGUAACGAUAUUUAUUACCUGGAUUCGAACGGAAUAUAUUCAAACGCUCCCAGCAUCAGAUUUCUACAUAUAGAGGAUAACAUUUUCUCGUGUCAGCUACUCGUUAAUGUCAUACAGUAUUUUAAGGGCAAGGGGGUCGAAAUAGUUACCAACCGAGGGCGGUAUCACCUUCAGAACGUUAAUGGAGUAGCCUGUAUAGAAAGUGCUGUAACCAAUUCGAUUCCUUUUGACUUUUUCCUGACAAAGGUUCAAGAGGAGUCAAAAAAUCAGAUAAACGUCUGUUAAAGGAUGUCCCGCACUCAUAUCAAAAUGUAAUUACGAAGCUAUGAUGUUUUAGCAAAUAUUAAAAAAAAUAAAAUAAAUUACACCUGA